UAUCCCGUAACAUAACAGCAGAAAUAAGGAACUAUUCAAUAAAAUAAUUUCCGCACUGGGAUCAAAUUCGUGUCUUCUGAAGCUGUGAUUGGAAUCCCAAACCUUAGCAUGUGUGCCAUAACAACCAAUGGAACACAGGCAACAAAAAUUCCUCGCUUUUUGUAUCUCGUUCUUACACAACUCCUCAAGCACGAUCACUCUGGUGUGCUGACUAAAGCUAUUGUCCUCUGAUUUGUUUCAGUUUUGAAAACAGAACUUAACAUUGGACCCAAGGAAUAGCUGUAUCUUGAUGGUUGCUGACCGGAAUUCAUCAAAACAAGUCAGUACCAGAACUUCACCUAGACUGCUGGUCUAUGAAAUCCUUUAAAAUGACGUCACAACGCCAAAAUCUUUCAAGAACCUUUUACCCAGUUUUAACAACAGCUGCCGUAUUUCUGACCUUUGCGUACCUACUGGUGAUAACCCCACCAAGUGUGCACAGCGAAGGGCAGUUUACGUGGAUGAAGCUUGAUCAAUUCGACGACAUCGACAAUAAGAUCAGAUCAGUUAACGCCAAGAACUGUCAGUCGAAAAGCAAGGCCGAGCUUGUUCUGCGUCGAGACACUGUUGCUCAACUUCCGGUGUACAAUCAACUGCUAAGCAGAAUAUGGUAUCGGAACAGGACCACUCUUAUACAUAUUCAUAAUAUGGCGCUGAACAGGGCUUUCUUCUUUAGCUACGUCCUCCAGAAGAUGAACGACUCCAGAAGUUUCGGCCUCCAGCCUAACUGGAUGUACUAUUACUUCAGCACCGUCGCGGACGUGAAUGCUAACCCAAGCAUGCUCAAUGGCAGCGCAAUGUACUUCGACAACCAUUGUCACUAUCCAAACUGGUACGUCACGGUCCCGUUUAACAAGACCCUGCCCCUGUUCGGACCCAAGGCAUUCCGCUGGGAUGACUAUCAAGACCAGGACAACUGGCUCCGAGAGCCGUCCAGACAGGUAGUCAAGAUGGUGGACUUCGGUGCUGGGAGGGACACUAACUACACGCACGCCGGUUACAAGAUGAACCCCUGGUAUAAUACAUGGCUACCCGACAUCAAAGGAGACAUGGACUCUUUGACCAAGUUCACGUAUUACAUUGGCAUCAAGCGGUCUAAUCAAACUG